AUGGUCGCAGAAACCACAAAUCGCCUUCUGAUUGAUGGAUUGAGAAAUCUUGAAGGAAACAUUUCAAAGUUGUUGAACAUUGCUCCAAGCCAAAGGACACUGGCAGAAACAAUCUGUUACAUUGAACAAAGCCAGGCUUGCCAGCGGGCUGAGCUAGAGGCUGAGCGAGACCGGGUACGCGAGCUCGAGCUUGAGGUCCGCAGGGUCUCGUCGCAAGCAAGCCAAGCCGACCAGCAGGUGACCCACAUGGCGGCGGCGGCGGCUGGGGCUCAGCAGCUGCUAGCCGAGCUGGCUGCGGUAGCGAGGGCGAGCGAGGAGGUGCGAGGGGAUCUCGACGCGGCAGGAGAGGAGAUGCGGAGGGUGGAGGAGGAGCUCGGGAGGCUAGGACGGACUGUGGACGCGACGGAGUCAUCCCUGGCGCAGGGUACGGAGGGGAUCUUGCUCACGGUCGAGAGGGAGAAGGCCCGGCGGCAGGAGGUAGAGGCGUUACUUGCAUCGGCUGAGCAGAGCCAGGCUUGCCAGCGGGCUGAGCUAGAGGCUGAGCGAGACCGGGUACGCGAGCUCGAGCUUGAGGUCCGCAGGGUCUCGUCGCAAGCAAGCCAAGCCGACCAGCAGGUGACCCACAUGGCGGCGGCGGCGGCGGCAGGGGCUCAGCAGCUGCUAGCCGAGCUGGCUGCGGUAGCGAGGGCGAGCGAGGAGGUGCGAGGGGAUCUCGACGCGGCAGGAGAGGAGAUGCGGAGGGUGGAGGAGGAGCUCGGGAGGCUAGGACGGACUGUGGACGCGACGGAGUCAUCCCUGGCGCAGGGUACGGAGGGGAUCUUGCUCACGGUCGAGAGGGAGAAGGCCCGGCGGCAGGAGGUAGAGGCGUUACUUGCCUCGGCUGAGCAGAGCCAGGCUUGCCAGCGGGCUGAGCUAGAGGCUGAGCGAGACCGGGUACGCGAGCUCGAGCUUGAGGUCCGCAGGGUCUCGUCGCAAGCAAGCCAAGCCGACCAGCAGGUGACCCACAUGGCGGCGGCGGCAGCGUCAGGGGCUCAGCAGCUGCUAGCCGAGCUGGCUGCGGUAGCGAGGGCGAGCGAGGAGGUGCGAGGGGGUCUCGACGCGGCAGGAGAGGAGAUGCGGAGGGUGGAGGAGGAGCUCGGGAGGCUAGGACGGACUGUGGACGCGACGGAGUCAUCCCUGGCGCAGGGUACGGAGGGGAUCUUGCUCACGGUCGAGAGGGAGAAGGCCCGGCGGCGUGAUGUUGAGUUUGUUCUUUGUCAUUAUGUUGAGAAUUUUUCCUCCCAGUCAAUGGAUCUUGAAUGUUGCUUGAAAGAACUGUUUGACAACCAGGAUCAAGUUCAUUUGUUUUCUGUUCGGGAGGUGGAGUUUCUAUCAUUGUUAGGCAACUGGGAUAUUCAGAUCGAAUCUGUAGAAGGGACGAUAAAUCAGAUUGUUUCAGACCUGGACAAAUUGCUUGUAAACCUCAAUGCUUCAUUUAUUAUUGGAAUUGCUGACACAAAUAGGAUCCUUCUCUGCUUGAACGCAGCGCAGAUUCAAAUCCAACAUGAAAAAAAUUCCUUUACAAGUGAGAAGGCCCGGCGGCAGGAGGUAGAGGCGUUACUUGCCUCGGCUGAGCAGAGCCAGGCUUGCCAGCGGGCUGAGCUAGAGGCUGAGCGAGACCGGGUACGCGAGCUCGAGCUUGAGGUCCGCAGGGUCUCGUCGCAAGCAUGCCAAGCCGACCAGCAGGUGACCCACAUGGCGGCGGCGGCGGCGUCAGGGGCUCAGCAGCUGCUAGCCGAGCUGGCUGCGGUAGCGAGGGCGAGCGAGGAGGUGCGAGGGGAUCUCGACGCGGCAGGAGAGGAGAUGCGGAGGGUGGAGGAGGAGCUCGGGAGGCUAGGACGGACUGUGGACGCGACGGAGUCAUCCCUGGCGCAGGGUACGGAGGGGAUCUUGCUCACGGUCGAGAGGGAGAAGGCCCGGCGGCAGGAGGUAGAGGCGUUACUUGCCUCGGCUGAGCAGAGCCAGGCUUGCCAGCGGGCUGAGCUAGAGGCUGAGCGAGACCGGGUACGCGAGCUCGAGCUUGAGGUCCGCAGGGUCUCGUCGCAAGCAAGCCAAGCCGACCAGCAGGUGACCGACAUGGCGGCGGCGGCGGCGUCAGGGGCUCAGCAGCUGCUAGCCGAGCUGGCUGCGGUAGCGAGGGCGAGCGAGGAGGUGCGAGGGGAUCUCGACGCGGCAGGAGAGGAGAUGCGGAGGGUGGAGGAGGAGCUCGGGAGGCUAGGACGGACUGUGGACGCGACGGAGUCAUGCAUUGCCGAUCUUGAGGCUGGUCGGCAACAGCUGGUGGAGUACGAGAGGCUGAUGGAGAGGCAUACAUCGCAGUGCGCGAUAGCAGCUGUACACGUGGAGAACUGUCUCAGUCAAAUAUCUCAUUGUGCUGCUACUCAGGUGGACCUGGAGGAGUAUGCGGAGUAUCUCAAGCAAGCGGUUGAAGACGAGAGGUCUAAGGCUUUGUCUUCUCGUACUCUUGCUGAGGAGCUUGCAAAGGAAAAUAGCCGAUUUCAAGAAGUCUUUUUGAUGAAUCAGAAUGAGCGAAUGAAUGUAAUGGAGUUGAUUCAAAGGUUGACCGAAGAAUUACUCACGACGGAUGACGUGUACCACAGUGUAACUCAUGAUGUUUCGUCAGAGCUUGAUGCUUUGUUCAAGGAAUGUCAGAUUUAUCGAAAUGCAUACACUUCAUCUCAAUCAGCUCUUGUCAAUCAUCAAGGCUUUCUCGCAGCUCUAGAAGAAAAGCGUUCUCAGUUCAGGAGAAUACAAUGGGUCAACUUAGUCCUACGUUUUUUGUUACGCAAACGAGAAUGGCGUCGGUAUCCCAGAAUUUCCCCUGAAUUUUGUCAUGAAUAUGUAUCUUUGGCCAACAAAUGCACUUUUUUUGAAACCCGAAUUCAGAGUUUGGAAUUCACUUUGAAACAUUCAGAACAUCAUUCCAUCACAUUAUCCAUGGACGUGGAUCAAUACAGAUUCUUCACAAGGCAGAUUGUGACAGAGGUAAUGUAUCUCAAGAGAGAAAUACAUUCUGUGCUAGAAAACCUAGAACAAGAAGAAGGAUCAAAACAAAAUGAUAUGCUGAAUUUUCUGUUUUCUGUCGAACAAGUUUUCACAGGAUCUAUUGGCCAAAUUCACUUGUUUUGCCCAGAAGAAAUUGAACAUCAAGUCUUGGACCAAGAGGCUUUCCCGUAUUCCAAAUCCUUUCCAGGUUUGUAUAAAGAUAUUUUGAAAUGGGUCAAAAUUUACGAAGGGUACAUUUUGUCAUUGAAAACAAGCAAAGAUACCUUGAAUCAGCAAUUAGAAAUGAUCUCUAGAAAAUGCCUUUCGCAAGAGACGGAAAUUUUCAAUUGUCUUCUUUUGAUUGAGAAAGGCGAGAAGAAAACUGAAGAGCUCGGGAUUAAACAACAGAUCGUACGAGAUGAAAUCGAAUUGCUCUUGCAUGAGGUAACAACAGUGAUGAAGGAAUUAAGGAGCUUGAAUGAAAUUCUGAUCACAAACAAUUUCAAAAUUAAUUUCUUACAGGAAGACUGCAAACAAAAAACAAAGGACUACAGGGCAAUAUUGUUUGAAUUCAAUACGAUGAUGGCAUACACAAAACAAUGCUCAAAAAGCAUUGAGAAUAGUGAGGGAAUAACAAUGAAAUUGAGCAAAAGCAUCCAAUCCUCUGAGGAAACAAUGAAGGAGAUGACAAAAUCUUUGGAACGCGAGAGGGCCCGGCGGCAGGAGGUAGAGGCGUUACUUGCCUCGGCUGAGCAGAGCCAGGCUUGCCAGCGGGCUGAGCUAGAGGCUGAGCGAGACCGGGUACGCGAGCUCGAGCUUGAGGUCCGCAGGGUCUCGUCGCAAGCAAGCCAAGCCGACCAGCAGGUGACCCACAUGGCGGCGGCGGCAGCGGCAGGGGCUCAGCAGCUGCUAGCCGAGCUGGCUGCGGUAGCGAGGGCGAGCGAGGAGGUGCGAGGGGAUCUCGACGCGGCAGGAGAGGAGAUGCGGAGGGUGGAGGAGGAGCUCGGGAGGCUAGGACGGACUGUGGACGCGACGGAGUCAUGCAUUGCCGAUCUUGAGGCUGGUCGGCAACAGCUGGUGGAGUACGAGAGGCUGAUGGAGAGGCAUACAUCGCAGUGCGCGAUAGCAGCUGUACACGUGGAGAACUGUCUCAGUCAAAUAUCUCAUUGUGCUGCUACUCAGGUGGACCUGGAGGAGUAUGCAGAGCAUCUCAAGCAGAAGGUGGCUCAUUUGAGUUUUGAUGUUAUCAAACUUGAAGCCGAUUUGAACGGUUCGUUUACAAAGAGUGAGGUCCAGGAGGAAACAAUCCACUUGUUUGAGCAGAACUUAGCUAUGGCAUCGGUCUUGUCAACGCGUCUGAUAAACGAUCUGUCAGCCUUGAUGACAGAGGUAUCAGACUGCACCAUGGAAACAAGCGGCAUGAUCGAAGAAAUCUAUCAGAACUCGAGACUACUGUCUGUAGCUCAUUCAACUUCGGAAGCCUCCUACUGCAGUCAGAAGAAAUUGAAUGAUGAACUAAUGGCAGAGCGUGAAACGUGGGCAACUCAAGAUCGUCAGAGCAAAAGCGCUAUAUCUCUACUUGAGUCGUAUUGUGACAAGAUGCAGCUCACGAUGUCUGACUUGUGCUUGUUGUUUUAUCAGACGAGAUGUGGAUUUCAGCAAGAGAAAGAAAAUUACGUUCUAUCCACCAUUGAACCAGUUGUUUACAUUGCAUCAAUUCUGGAUGAGACUCUCAUGGAAAUCCCAUACAUCUUGCUCGAAGACGAAGAGAAGACCAGGAUGAUCCACGACCUGCAGGGUCAAGUGAUUGCUCUGACUGAUAAAUUGCGGUGGACAGAAGAACGUUGUAGCUCUUCGGUGACUACGGCUAAGGCUGAUUUUGCGGUCAAAGAAUUAUGGAAAGGAGCUCAGAUUGCCACUUUGAUAAGAGAACUCGGUGACAGGGGAAUGGAAGUUGAAAGGCUGAGCAAAGAUUAUGAAGGCAGCAAGGCAGAAUUGCAGCGUCAAAAAGUUUUGCAAAUGAGGGGAAUCUCUCUUUUGAAAGAUUUCAUCCUUAAUACCACAAGCGACCUCCUACAAUUUCAGAAGAUUACUGACAGCCUGCAUGAAGAUAUCUUGCUUGGCUGCUUUGGCUUGUUGGAUUCAUCAACUGAUACAAUGUGCAUUGUUUCAAAACAGAUGAAACAAAAAAAUCUGCAGGUUGCAACAAUGUGCAAUAUGAUAUUGCAUGAAUGUUCCAAUAUUCUUGGAAUCUACCAAGAUAUCUUGACCGAUCUACAUCAAGAACAUCAAGAGGCAAUUCAGAAUCAUGAUCUCAAGUCCAGGAUCGAAUUAGAAAGACACAAGCGCAGCCAGUUGUCAUGGAAAUGGAUGUUUUCUGUUCUGUUCCGUAAAAGGUUAUAUGGUGAAGUGAGACAUUUUAUGAUCAAAAGGUUGAAGGCAUCUUCCAAGCUCUACAGAAUGAAACAGGAUCAUGGUCGUUUGAGCUACAGUUUGAAUCAAGAACAAAUCCUCAAACAAGCCGCUGAGACAGAACUCGAGUACUAUCAGGAUCAAUACGAACGUUUAAGAGAUUGUAAAAACUCUGAAAGUUUAAGAAUGCAAACAAGCAUCGUGCGGUUUUUGGAUGAAGUGAUGGAGUUGAAGGAAAUGUGUAAUAUCAUUGAAACAGUUGUGCAAGACUAUCCCUGCAAUGACACUGAUCUUACUAUAGCUCCACAGGCUCGGUAUCUUGUUCUGUCACAAAGUUCGAAUCAGGAUUCAAGAGUUUUACAAGAACUCUUCUUGAGAAACAAAUUUUUCAACUUCAAAUUGAAUCGAAUGGAGCGAGCACAUGUUCUUGCAUCCAUCCGAUUGUGUUUUUACGCGUGGGGCAUCUUCUGCAAGACUUCAAAGAAUCGUUCCAUCAUUGAAGAAUACGUUUACAAAGGGCUUCUGUUCACCUACUUCUCCAAGAUGAAAACUUUCUGUUGGCUGUUACCGAGGGUUCAGGAACAGAAUCUGGCAAGGCCGACAGUAUGGAACGAUACUGGCCCCGUGAAAGACGAUCUCCGUCCAUUCUUCGAUGUUUGGAAACUGCAACUUUCCUCCUUUUCUGCCGUGCAAGUUUCGAACAGUCCCAGCAGAGCAGCCGGCUUCUUGAUCCGCAGAGCAGAGAGCUGUUACGCCAGAAUGCGGACGUCGGACGCGAUCGACGAUCUGAUCGAAGACAUCGAGAAGAUUUGCAAGGCACAGGAAUUGCGAGAGGCAGAAGCUGGAGCGAGGGAGGAAGGCGAAGAAGGCUUCCUCCUGCGAUCAAGGUUGCAGUACUCCUCCGACUGUGAGACGAACGACAGUCUGUCGGUAGCAGGAGAGCUGUAUGCUCCUGCAAGCCCCUCCGUGCAUUUAUCGUUCAGGAAGGAGUCAUCAUCGGCCAGAUGA